UUUGUAUGUAAAGAGAAAUUAAAACUAGAUAACUUAGACAUAAGGAUUCUAUGAUUAACAGUGUCAAAUGCUUUCUUCAGCUCAAGGAACAUAGCUCCAACUACACCACCUUUAUCUAAAAGAGGUUUAGGUAUAAUGUUUAAUUUUCUAUUUAAAAAAAAAAAAAAAAACGUGGCCACAGCUUGUCACAGAUACAUUGUGACAGGAAAUCGAGGAAGACAUGCUGAAUGCCAACACUCAAUCAAAAUAAGAUUAUAGUUACUCUUUAUAGGCACAAUAAACCGCUUUAACAGAUUUAAAUCAGUUCAUUGUGCUUAUAAAAAGUAUCAGGACCAACUCCAAUCUCUAGACAUAAGAGCAUCUCUCCAUUAAGUAUUCUCUGCUGUUGACUUGGGGAAAUAAAACCACAUAUACUGCACAUUUAAGCAAAAAACCAAGCAAUGUUGACUACAAUAGAGAAGUAGUGGUGUAACUCACUUCCUGUGCCUCUACUGCUGCCUAUGUUUGCUUCUUGCUCAUGUCAUUCUCUGUUAAGACUGUUGUUCUCACAGAUAUGGAUUUUUUGAUGACAGAGCUAGCUUAUAAACUUUUUAUCUUUUUAUGUAUGAUACAACAAGGAACAUAUGGAAUGCUUAUACAUUACAAUGCUUCUGCAACUGCUGUGGAGGGACAGAACGUCAGCCUGCAGUGCAUUGUGGAAGAGGAUCAAAACGUCACAAUUAUGCUGCUGGAAUGGAUUAAACAGCAAAAAGAAAAUGAGAAGAAUGAUCAGAAGAUUGUUGUGUUCCAUCCUAUGUUGCCAACAUAUUAUUUUCGAUCCGGUUCUCUUCUGGAGACAGUGACCAGUUCAAAAACUGGAAAGCUGCAGGGCUCUAUACUGACUCUGCAUGAAGUUACAGUGAAUGACAGUGGAGACUAUAUUUGCGAAAUUACUUCUUAUCCCAAUGGCUCGAUUAAAAGAAUCACAAAGCUGCAAGUGACAGAGCCUCCAGCAUCAGUGAAGAUGCCAUAUCCAUAUGGAUUCAUAAAAGAGGGAGAUGAAUUGAAAAUAACUUGUUCAGCGAUCCCUCCACCACUCCAUUAUAAACUUGGAAGGUCAAAGGACAAGACAUUUUGGCUGGAAAGCUCAAACGGAGAGUUCAUUUUACCAAACGUCACCAGAAACGACAGCGAUGUGUACAUCUGUUUACCUGAAUGGGACUCGUUAGUCCGAAAUCAGCAAGGUCUCAAUGCCACCGUCGAACUGACUGUGAAUUUUCUUGAUGGCAUUGAGUGUAACACAAGCAGCCCUUUAAAUGUCAGUGCUGGUGAGGAUGUGGUGAUUUCUUGUAUCGCAAAAGCUUCACAGCACUUGCAGUAUAAGUGGAUGAGGGGUGACACAACACUGUCUCUUUUAGACACUUUGUCUCUGACCUCCGUAACAUCUGACCAGUCAGGAACAUACAAACUGACAGCUGUCUUUCUGGACAAUCAGCUCCAGACAGACAUGGAGAUUUCUAUCCAUGUUCUCUCAAAGCAAAGCGAAGCCUCAAAAAGCUCAGCGUAUAUCGCUGUCCCGAUUGUGUUGCUGUUGCUCGGGUCGAAUGUGCUUUAAUACAGAAGACACCAGAACCAAAAAAAAAUGGAUAUGCCACCUCCAUUGAAACACUUCAGUGAGGAACCAUGAUGUCCCUAUGACGGAUAUUCUAGAAUCUAGUGUAUCAAGCACUUGAGAACCCACAAACCGUGGGCCACAAACAUGCUGACAGGAAGAUUUCUCCCUAAAGGCCAUGGAUUACUCAUCCUCACGAAGUUUCGUUCAUUUUCAAAACACAAAUUGAUAUAUUUUUAAUAAAACCUGAGAAUUUUCCUUCCUGCCUUUGAAAGUCCACGCAACCAAUACUUUGAUGCUUCAAAAAGUUCAUGAAGGUCAUAUGAAUCACCCAGUUUAAUUAAAUUUUAAUGUAAGCUUUUGUUCACAUAUAAACAUUUAUUAGUAGGCCUACAUAAACGACAUCAAAUAUUUUGUAAAAUAUGUUUGUCAUUUUUAUUUUUGUGUGAAUUAACUUUUUACCGUUUUAUUUUGUUAUAUUUUUGGUUAUUAUAAAAUCAUGUUUUUAUGUGAUUUUGAAAGUCCUUUUUACCUCUGGUCUCUGUAUGAAUGAAUAGCUUGUACAUUAUUUUUUGGGGUAAUUUUGCUUAGCACACCACCUACUCCUACAUCAUAACUAUGUAAAAAAUUUUCCCUGAAAUGUGUGAAUUUACAAAAAGCAAAAGUGUGUGAGGGUGGGAGGAGGUGGGGUCAAAAACUGGGUAAAUUCCAGAAAUAUGAAAUAUGUCUAUAAGGUAACUUUAGAGUUUCAUUAUUAUUAUUAUUAUUAUAAUUAUUAUUAUUAUUAUUAUUAUUAUCAUUAAUAAUAAUUGUUCAAUAGAUGAGACACUUAUUGCAAUGUUGGAUUUAAUUCCAAUAUAAUACAACUACAAAGAAAAUAAGUGAGCACUUUUAGCAUCAGAUAGUUUUGCGAUAAAGCCUGCAUGCUUUAAAGCCUGCAACACUGACCUCCUGUUGUGGCUGCAUGUUCUGCUAACAAAGCGAAGGCUAUCAGCUGAUUGUUUCAGGCCCCAUAAAACCUCAGUUUACACCUCAGAUACUGGAGACAAACCAACUGCUAAAACCACAUCAGACAGUGACCAACAGAGACAGUAUGUAUCCAUAAGCUUACAGGUCUACUCUGCAAAUACAAACCCUAGCUCUGGUUACCAUUUAUUAUAACUUGCAAUAACAGCACAGCUGGUGGUUGUUUAUUUGAUGCUUAAAGCAACUUAGGCUGAAUUUCUGGUUUUGUUCAGGCUGCUUAUACAACAUUCGGCAUUUUAAAACAUGGUACAUGAGAAUAAACUUUCAUUAAAUGUGGGAGAAAAUGGAUAUGGAAAGGCAUUAUUGAUUAAUGAACAGCGACAUACAGUAACGCCUGAUAUAAAGUGUGUGUGUGUGUGUGUGUGUUAGGACAGAGAGAAAACAAGAGAAAGAGAGAUGCUUUUUGUACAGAGUUUUGUGCAUUGUGGUUCUUUGCUACAACAGCGACACGUUUAUGCAGAGGGACGUUUCCUGCUCUCGCUAUUGUGGUCGGAAAUGGAAAAUUCAGAAAAAAGGAUUGAUUGUUUCAGUUUUUAAAUCAUCUGUAUCCUGCACUGUAUAAUCAUGUCUCUAAUGUAUUAUUGUACUUCAGGAUGUAUACAGGUAAUUUACCGAUAAUGUAUGAGAAAAAUCAUCAAUUGUGUAAAAUUCUAUUCUAUAUCUUUGAAUCACAGAAUAAAGUACAGUAUGUAUUUGAAGUUUAGUUAUACAAAAAACAGAAAGUAGAAAACAGAAUAGUGCAGUUGUUCUUUUGAAAAAAAGUAUCAGAUGAAUACUGUAUAUUAUGAAUAUUAGAAUAAAUUGUAAUUAUAAGAACAUUUGUGUUCAUGAUAAGCUUGUCUUUGAAAUUUGAGCAAUAUUUUAGUUGUAUAUUAUAUGUAUAAAUUCAAAUGAUAUGUUGUUUCACAUUGAUUUCACAAUAAA